AUGCCGACACCCGAGUCUGAACUCUUUCUCGCAAAGAAGCCCAAGGUCGCUCCCUCCUUCGAGGGCGUCGACUACGAAGACAACGUAGCUCUCAAGGCCGCACAGGAUGCCAUUAUCAGGGAGCAGUGGGUCAAGAGCAUGAUGGCGCGGUUAGUGAGGGAUGAGAUGGGCAAGUGCUACCGGAGGGAGGGUGUAAACCACUUGGAGAAGUGUGGACAUUUGCGAGAGCGCUACUUCGAGCUGCUGAAGGAUGCCAAGGUCAAGGGAUACCUCUUCGCACAGCAGAACUACAUCGACGACCCGUACAAGAAGCAGUAGACGAGUUCAGACGCAACGGCCUGUCGAGGUGCGUGUAUCAGCCUAUUCGCGUGAGCCACGGAGCGGACAAGAUACAAGGUCCAGCACUAUGCGGAUGAUACAAUAUCUGGCGUUCACACGAAUUUCAUGUAGGAAGUCUCCACAAUGGACAUCUGGUUUCUUCUACACUGGCACAUUUGUACAUAUACCAGCCAAGGGAAGGGAGAGAAGCGGGCAGGUGCCCUAUCAUACAUCAUCAAUUGCAUGAGUACUACAC